UAAAAAUUCAAUAAAACUCCAUUUUUCAUUUAAUAGUAAUAUUCUAGCAUACUAGAAACAAAUUUGUUGUUAUUCAUAAACUCAGUUUAUUUCGUUUGACUUUUAGUUCAAUUUGAUGCAAUUUCAAUUUUUAAUUCAAUUUCAAUUUAGUUUGACAAUCAAUUAAGCUUUCUGACUAGACUAAAGUUUCUCUUCUGUUUUUACAAAUAGUUAACAAAUUCAAUGAGCAUCAAAUCUUGAGCUAAGCCAUAAUUUUAAAGGCUGAGCCAAGCAUACAACGAAUGCUCCUUUUUAAACUAUCGUAGAGAAGUCUUAGUAAGAAUAAUUGAUACAAGUGAGACACUCAAAAACCUCUAAUUAUAUUGCAAGAAUCAUCUACAGAGGAAAAUCCAAACACUAUUAUCCUAAUCAUCAUAUAUAAGCCCUUUCAAUUACCAUUAGUUAUGGCCAUUGGCUCAAAUGUUUAUAAAACUCUUUAAGUCCUCAAAUUCCCUUUAUAUAAAAUUGAAAAUUUUUUCCUGUUUUUAAUAACUUAUUGCCCCCACAAAAUUCAAUUUUAUCUCUUAUACCUUUCACUUGAAUACCCUCUAGAUAAAGCUUAACUAAACAAGGUGAAAUUAAACAUGAAAACAAAAUUGAAAACAAAAAAUUCCAAAUAUAUUUAUGAAAUAUUUUUAAAAAUAUUCCCUCACUCUAAUCCAACUGCAAAUGCAUCGCUGCAGUGCCCAAAAAAUAAGUUACAGAGAUUUACCCACAACAAUAAUGAAACGAGAGAAAGAAAAACCAACAAAAAAUAGAGAGUAGAACACAUAUUUUAGAUGUACGUCAGAAUUAAAUGUAAGAAAUUGAAAAUAAAAUACAAAAAUAAUAAAAACGAAAGAAAAACGUAAAUAAACGCAAUUGGGGGGAAAAAGGAGAGAUCAGAGCGAAGUGAAGGUAAAUGUGUAAUUGAAACGGGAAUUCGGGAAGCAAAGCAGUUGGCAGCACCGCCGGAUGGGCCCAGUGAUGAUGCGACCCUGGUCGGCAGCUGUCAAAGAGGCGAGGACGAGAAGAGAAGUAAACAAAAGCUCAAAAAGGCAAGCAAAUGCGAGCAAACGCGAAGAAAACGAACCCACAGCGAUUUAUAUGUCAGCUGGCCCAAACCGAAACCGCUCGUCAGGGGGCAGGCACUACUGUCAAAUAGAAAGGGACCGGGUCCGAUUCUGAAAAACAGACGCAGAUAGCGACGCGCAUGAAAAAGCAAAUUCGUUGAAAUUUAUAAACGCGAUAAUCGAAUCAACUACACACACACAAAAAAAAAGCAAAAAAGCAAAAGAGAAAAAGAGAGAAAAAAAAAGCCGUAAAAUCAGAGCCACAACUUUGAAUUCCAAUUGAUUUCUAGCCAAGAUCCUCAUCCAAGAACUUUAUUCUUCAUGGAGCGCACCGCAGUGCCACGGGGCAAACGACCCAGAGUUCAGGUCUCCAUGGACGACAAGGAGCGCGCCAUCGCACGCAUACGCAAUGGCGAGACGAAGGCGGGCAUCUCACGCGAGCUGGGCGUGCCGGAGUCGACGGUGCGCGGGUGGGUGAAGCGAGCCGAUCAGCGCAUGGCGCGCGAGGCGAACGAAGGCUCUGCCACUCCGUCGCCGCCCUUGAUGAUGACGCACUCCCUGAAGCUGCCCGCCAAGCGGGACUCCAAUGGGCAGCCGCGCACCCGCUCCGCGGCGCCCAUGAAUGUGGCCGUGCCGCUGCCCAUGCAGCUCUUCCAGCAGGCAGCCAACAGCCAGCUGCAGCUGAACGGCUGGCUGCACAUCUUCAAUGCGGGCAUUCUCAACUUUACGCUGAUUGCCACCGCCGCCUAUUUGAGGGCGCGCGUGCGCGGCACCACGGAUCGCCAGUCGCUCUGGCAGAUCAUCUGCGAGUAUGUGGACGAGGCGGGGCGCAAUGUGGCCGCCAAUGGGGGGCAGUAUGUGGCAGCAGGAGCAGCAGGAGGAGCAGCAGCAAUGCCAGCAGCAGCAGCAGCAGCAGCAACAACAACAACAACAGCUGCAACAGACUCAUUCAGUCGUAAGCCUAGCCCAUCGCCGGCCAUGGGACGCAGUGGCGGCUUUGUGGUGCCACGACUGCACAUCACGGCCGAGGAUGACGAGGAUGCCGAGCUGGAGCCGAGUCCAUGACAACCGCAUCGAUUCGAUUUAUGUACAUGUGUAUGCAAAUAAAGCGCCCCUCAAUGGGAUUAUGUUGUUUAAAGCAAA